UCUGUCUCUGUCUCUCUCCGUCUCUGUUUAUUUUCUCGCAGGUCGUCGCCCUCCACCAUUCGCAGAUUCGUCGAUUGGAGGACUCAUCUAUUGCCAUCCAUGACUAUGAUGACUCCCCCGCCGUUAGAUCAAGAGGACGACGAGAUGUUGGUCCCGCAUUCGGAUUUUGCAGAUGGUCCACAGCCAAUGGAAGUAGUAGUACAAGCAGACACUGCUAGUACGGUGGAGAACCAGCCAGUGGAGGAUCCUCCGUCGUCGAGAUUUACGUGGACUAUUGAGAACUUUUCUAGGUUGAACACCAAGAAGCACUAUUCUGAUAUUUUCAUCGUUGGUGGUUAUAAAUGGCGUGUGCUUAUUUUUCCCAAGGGGAACAACGUAGACCAUUUGUCUAUGUACCUAGAUGUUGCUGAUUCUGCAAGUUUACCAUAUGGGUGGAGUAGAUAUGCACAGUUCAGCCUGGCGGUGAUUAAUCAAAUACACAAUAAGUAUACAGUCAGAAAAGAUACACAACACCAAUUCAAUGCACGCGAGAGUGAUUGGGGUUUCACAUCGUUCAUGCCUCUUAGUGAACUAUAUGACCCAAGUAGGGGGUAUCUUGUGAAUGAUACAUGURUAGUUGAAGCUGAGGUUGCAGUCCGUAGGGUUGUGGAUUAUUGGACAUAUGAUUCAAAAAAGGAAACGGGUUAUGUUGGACUUAAGAACCAAGGAGCAACCUGUUACAUGAAUUCUCUGCUCCAGACUUUGUACCAUAUUCCUUACUUCAGAAAGGCUGUGUAUCAUAUGCCAACAACUGAGAAUGAUAUGCCAUCGGGAAGCAUCCCACUGGCUCUUCAGAGCUUAUUUUAUAAGCUCCAGUAUAGUGACAACAGUGUUGCAACGAAGGAGCUUACCAAAUCUUUUGGAUGGGACACAUAUGAUUCUUUCAUGCAACAUGAUGUGCAGGAACUUAAUAGGGUUUUGUGUGAAAAGCUUGAAGACAAAAUGAAGGGGACUGUUGUAGAGGGUACAAUACAACAGUUAUUUGAAGGGCACCAUAUGAACUACAUUGAAUGCAUCAAUGUAGAUUACAAGUCUACAAGGAAGGAGUCAUUUUAUGAUCUUCAGCUUGAUGUCAAAGGCUGUAAAGAUGUUUAUGCUUCUUUUGACAAGUAUGUAGAAGUUGAACGUCUUGARGGUGAUAACAAGUAUCAUGCUGAACAACAUGGGUUACAGGAUGCUAGGAAGGGCGUCCUGUUCAUUGACUUCCCUCCUGUCCUUCAACUUCAGCUUAAACGGUUUGAAUAUGAUUUCAUGCGGGACACUAUGGUAAAGAUAAAUGACCGUUAUGAGUUCCCUCUGCAACUAGACCUGGAUAGAGAGAAUGGGAAAUACUUGUCUCCUGAAGCUGAUCGGAGGGUUCGGAAUCUUUACACGCUUCACAGUGUUUUGGUUCACAGUGGUGGGGUGCAUGGUGGACAUUACUAUGCUUUUAUCAGGCCUACCCUCUCAGAUCAGUGGUUCAAGUUUGAUGAUGAACGGGUAACAAAAGAAGAUAUGAAGAGGGCCCUAGAGGAGCAAUAUGGUGGUGAAGAAGAGUUACCACAAACAAAUCCUGGUUUCAACAACACUCCAUUUAAAUUUACCAAGUAUUCUAAUGCAUACAUGCUUGUUUAUAUACGUGAAAGUGACAAAGAGAAAAUUAUUUGUAAUGUGGAUGAGAAAGAUAUUGCUGAACACCUUAGGGUAAGGUUGAAGAAGGAACAAGAAGAAAAGGAGCACAAGAAAAAGGAAAAAGCAGAGGCACACCUUUAUACCAUUAUAAAGGUUGCACGAAAUGAGGAUCUUGUAGAACAGAUUGGAAGGGAUAUUUAUUUUGAUCUUGUGGACCAUGACAAAGUUCGCAGCUUCCGUAUUCAAAAACAAAUGCCUUUUAACAUUUUCAAGGAGGAGGUUGCAAAAGAAUUUGGUAUACCUGUGCAAUUCCAGCGCUUUUGGCUGUGGGCUAAGCGUCAAAACCAUACAUAUCGCCCUAAUCGUCCAUUGACACAUCAAGAAGAAACACAAUCUGUUGGGCAAUUGCGAGAGGUAUCAAAUAAGGCACACAAUGCAGAGCUUAAGUUGUUCUUAGAAGUAGAGAUGGGGCUGGAUUUACGUCCGAUUGCUCCUCCAGACAAGACAAAAGAAGACAUUUUGCUUUUCUUCAAGCUUUAUGAUCCUGCUAAAGAAGAGCUCCGAUAUGCUGGGAGACUUUUUGUGAAGGGUACUGGGAAGCCAGUGGAAAUCUUGACAAAGCUAAAUGAAAUGGCUGGAUUUGCUCCUAAUGAAGAAAUUGAGCUUUAUGAGGAAAUAAAGUUUGAACCUAGUGUCAUGUGUGAACAUAUAGACAAAAAACUCACUUUUCGAGCUAGCCAGCUUGAAGAUGGAGACAUUAUUUGCUUCCAGAAAUACCCUCCAAUUGAAAGUGAGGGGCAAUGCCGCUAUCCUGAUGUUCCUUCAUUUUUGGAGUAUGUACAUAAUCGUCAGGUGGUUCAUUUUCGAUCUCUGGAGAAACCCAAGGAAGAUGAGUUUUGUCUAGAGCUGUCAAAGCUUUACACGUACGAUGAUGUUGUGGAAAGAGUUGCCCACCAACUUGGUUUGGAUGACCCCUCCAAAAUUAGGCUUACAUCUCACAACUGUUACUCCCAGCAACCUAAACCCCAACCUAUCAAGUAUCGGGGUGUGGAGCAUUUAUCUGACAUGUUGGUCCAUUACAACCAGACUUCUGACAUUUUGUAUUAUGAAGUAUUGGAUAUUCCCUUGCCAGAAUUGCAAGGUCUAAAAACUCUUAAAGUGGCUUUUCAUUCCUCUAUAAAGGAUGAGGUGGUAAUUCAUACCAUUAGAUUGCCAAAACAGAGCACUGUUGGGGAUGUGAUUAAUGACCUUAAAACAAAGGUUGAGCUGUCUCAUCCAAAUGCAGAACUCAGGUUGCUUGAAGUUUUCUAUCAUAAGAUUUACAAGAUUUUCCCUCCAAAUGAAAAGAUCGAGAAUAUAAAUGAUCAAUAUUGGACAUUGCGUGCAGAGGAGAUUCCAGAAGAGGAGAAAAAUCUUGGUCCUCAUGAUCGUUUGAUUCAUGUUUAUCACUUUACUAAAGAUGCAUCUCAAAAUCAAAUGGUUCAGAAUUUUGGAGAGCCGUUUUUCUUGAUCAUCCAUGAGGGUGAGACUUUGGCUGAAGUUAAAAUCCGUAUACAAAAGAAGUUGCAGGUUCCAGAUGAGGAGUUUGCAAAGUGGAAGUUUGCAUUUUUAUCAUUGGGUCGCCCUGAGUACCUUCAGGACUCUGACAUUGUAUCCAGUCGUUUUCAGAGAAGAGAUGUUUAUGGAGCUUGGGAGCAGUAUCUUGGAUUGGAGCACUCAGAUAGUGCUCCUAAAAGGGCCUAUGCUGCCAAUCAGAAUCGCCACACAUUUGAGAAGCCGGUGAAAAUCUACAAUUAGAAAAGAACUGGCGGUCCAUCACAGUAUUGGCUGAAGCUGAUAUUGCUAAAUGCCAUGCGUGGCAAUGUGAAAGGCAGUAAAAAAAAAAUGAAAAAUGAGUGCGCAAAAAAUCCAGAGAUGAAAAGGAAGAUGGCAUUGAAGGUGGUGGUCUUUGCUGGGUACGGUUAUUGAUUUUGUUUGCUAUGUAUUCUUUUUUUUACAGUGUGGGCGGGGGGAGAGAGACUUCCUGAAUACAGUGUGUUUCUUCUAGCGGUCAACAACCCCCUCGAGGUUCGGUUCUUUUUCAUUAAGGCCUGUUCUCAUCUCUUUGGUGAGAAAAAUCAACGGCCUCUUCUUCAUUUCCCAUGUAAUCUAGUGGUACAUAAGAAGAUUUUGGACUAGGGAAUGUAUACAGGGUAUAGUUGGGUGUCCUUGAAAUGUCCACAUUUUUCGUCUUUUUUUUUUCCUUAAAUUUUCCUCCGGUUUCUUCAAAUGUGUUCAGGGAAUUUUGAGGCGUUGUACAAUGGUUAGCGGGUUUGGUUCUGGCUUCUGGGGCCCUUCUAGGCUUGUGUAAAAAAACAGCUAUAAUGUUUUCCAGUUCUCAGAUUGGCCCUACAUGGCCUUUUCCGCAAUCACUGGUUGUCAUUCAUAUUUGCUAAA